CGGUCCCAAGAAUUAUGGAAAUUGUGGGGAAUAGCAUGAAAAAUGAAACUCCUGCAAGAAAAAGGUUUUUGUCCGGGAAGGAGGUGGAAGAGAAGUCCAAGGCUUGGCUCGUUGUCCUCCUCACGAGGCCCCGCCACGAGGAUAUCCCAAUUCGUCUCGUGAUUCUGAGGGGAAGGGAGAGAGGAAGAGGGAGGGAGGGAGAGAGGAUGGCUAUGGCUGCAGCUGUUGGCCUGCAAAUUCAGGUUCUGAAAAUAGGAACGCAAUUGUUUCCAGAGGCUCGCCAGGAGAGGCAUUGGCGCAGCAGCAGCGGCUCAGCGUCGGUCUCGUUUCGUGGGAGGUUUGACGAUCGCUACGGAGCUUUGCGUCCCUGCGGAUGCGGCAAUGUCAUGGAUUUGAGAAUUCAGUUCAGAUUUGGCCAUCGAAUUCCAGAUGGAGGUGCUGGCUGGUACCGGGGAUUGCUGGAGAGUAGGCCUCACUCGUUGAAAUCACAAGUUUCUUUCGGAAAAAGCAAAGUCUCGUGGUUGUGCAGGGGGAAUCAGCAAGAUUCUGGAUUUUGUCUCCAUGAUCUGAUGGAUCAAGCCGGAAUCGAAACGGCAUUUGCUCGGGUUGCGCGGACAGGAUUCUCGAAGGAGGUGGCGAAGCUGGCCGGGCAGAAUGAGGAAGCGGGAGGGGACGGGGAUUUGGCCAGAGCAGUUUUAGAAAUUGCCGCUGAGGACGACGCAUUGGUUUCUCAUUCUGCCGUGCCCCUUCCGGUCGAUAUGUACCUAGAAAGAUUGGACAGCAUGGCCUCAGAGUUCGCCGGACACCAUCUUCCUUCCCAAGAUCCUCGUAAUCCUUCGGCGAUUUUAGAAGCAUUGGAUAAAUAUCUGUACAUUUACAAGGGCUUUCAAAGAACGAGCACAGAAGCGAGUCGAGAUCCGAGGGACUUCUAUCUCAAUGGGGUCCUGACCAGGCGAUUGGGAACUCCUGUGAUGCUUGGCCUUAUUUACAGUGAGGUUGUGAAACGACUGAAGUUGCGAGGAGCUGUAGAGUUUCUCGUACAAUUACAGCUCCCAAAAGUUGGCACUGACCUCUGGUGGCCUCAAGCCAUCGUAAAAGAAGCUGCUGCUGGGGAUCUCGAGGAUUCCGCUUUGAAACAGCAAAAAGCUGGAACCCAAGCAGCAGGCAUGCAGCAAAAUCUUCUGACGUCAGAAGUCGUUUUGUCAGAGGUUCUGAGAUCGCUAAAGUCCUUGUACUGGCCUUGGAAACCUGAGAAUGGUGUGAGUGAAGAAAGCGGAUUCCUGGACGCAGCAACAGCCAUCAACAGAGGUCCUGUCAGCUCUGGCAGCAGUGUACAUGGACCCUUCGAGAGUCUCUUCACAGCACCUUCCAGAAGCAGAGGAUCGGAUGUAGCAAGAGCAAGAGCAGCACAGUAUCGUUUGCAGCGUGGCAUCUGGACUAGCACUGCCUUUGGAGACCUUCGGUGCGCACUAGCUGCUUCGGAGAGACUCGUCAUACUCGGAGUCGAUAGGAUGGAGCGUCGAGACUAUGGGGUGUUGCUGUUUCACUGCGGCUUAUAUGAGCAAGCCUUUCAGUAUCUCAACUCCCAUUUAACCUCAGAGGCUUCUGCCACUGCCCCAGCUCACCUCAGUUCCCUUGAAGCCAAGGAGAUAGUGGCACUAAAGCAGUUGUUGGAGAGGCUAACCCUCAUAUUGACUGAGAGAUCGUGGGAUAAUCCACAACCCCCUCACCCAAUUGCGUCCCCACCUGAGCCAUGGUGAUAUUGCUCGUUUCACGACCUGUACAUAGAGCAGAGGUGUAAUUUAGCCCUGUACAAAUGCACGGAAAGAAGGGACACUCAGAUUUCCACAAAAUGAGAGGAACAAGUUAGUGUUCGAGAAAUACAAUUUGAUUGCAUGGUCAUCACGUUCUGGUUUUCGAUAUCUCUUGAGUAGGAGAGAUGCAUCAUAUUAUGACCAUUAGUGGCGAUUGCUGUAGUUUUCCUUCCAGCUGUACCUAUAGACGAUAAAUUGCAACAUCCGUUUCACUUGCGCCUUCAGACGCGUGUGAUUAUUGAAGUAAUCGAGUAUGCUAAGACCGAUGCUUGCCUAGAUCAAAGCACGCGACACAUUUGUUUCGAGUUCAUUCAGUCCUAGAAUUUUCCACCUCUUGAUACCUUUCGUGAAUAUUCCGACUGAAAAUUGAAGAAUCUCCUGGAUGAAGAACUUUCGCCCUCA